CGCCUGCUGUAUCGUCUAUAAGGAGGUCUUUGAUAUAGAAGAAUCUGCAUCAAGAGCUCUAUAAGAUCGGCUCAUUAUCGAAUCAAAUGCAUAAUAUUAACGGGCACAUCUGAUGGAUUCUAAUGGCCUCUCCAAGGUGCAUAUGCAAAUGCAUUCAUCGCGCCAGAUGCCUUUGAAAUGGGUCAACGUAAGGUUCAUGAGCGAUCGCCGUCGUCAUCUCGUUGUUUUUUUCCUUUCGAGUACAAUCGAGGCAAUCCCCCAACUGGCAACAAUCCCCCAAAGAUUUCAGAUUCCAUGUUCUUGUCGUAAUGAAACCUGAUGCGACACAUUUGGCAAAUUGUCGCAGUAGUCGUAUCAACAUCGGCAUCAUCAUCAAGUAUCAGCCAUCAGCAUCGUUUGGGCACUUGAUAUUCUGGCGUUUCGUAGUCGUUUUGUACACGACAAGAGAGAAAAUCCGUGAAUAUUUUUUGAGUUCGUCUCAAUUAGAGGCAAUUGAAUUAUUACACGGCGACACUCAUUCAAUUUUCAGCGAUAGGGGGAAUGUAUACGAGUGCGAGUCUGUCGUCGGGGCAGACGAAAACAAAUUGUCUGAUAGAUGAAACUCAUGUGCCCUGUACUAGAUGAAAGGAUGAUAUGAAUGCCCUACGACAGAGCAACGUCCCACGCAUUUUGUCACUUUCCAUGGAUAUACGCGUCGUGGCGAUCCCGCAGUGCCUCCAGUUCGUCCGUGCCUAUCGUCGCGUUCAGUUGAAAUUGAGAUUGAUUCGUGAUCGUCAUGAGAUCCUGUUGCUCAGUGCUCUGUCUGCUCCUCGUCACCGUCGCCGUGCUGCAUCCCAGCGAAGCGCGCGGCGGACGUGGUCGAGGCGGCGGCUCAUUCGGAGGUCUCUUUGGGGGCUGGCGAAAAUACAAGAAGCCCUCAUCGUCGGGUGGUGGUCGCCGUGUGGUGAGCGGAUCGCCAGUGCACACGGCUAUGACGGUGCCAAAGCCUCCUCCACCACCACCGGCCCCACCGAAGGCCAUGAUGCCGCCAAAGCAGCAGAUACCCAGCUAUCCCCGCCAGCAGAUGCCAGCGGGAUAUAACUACCCCACACAUCCGGGCCAGGGAACAUACUACUCCAAUGCACAGUCCUUGCCGGCGGGAGCCGUGUACUACGCCCAACCACCCAUGUCCAUGAGCCGAGGAUCGGGAACUGGCGACUUCCUUACCGGAAUGCUGGCCGGACACAUGAUGAACAACAUGCUCUUUGGACACCGUCAUCAUGUCUAUCACAGAAAUCGCGAAGGAGAGGAUCAGAUAGCGCAAACAGCGCAGGGCAAUGGUCGCCAGAUCAUAAUCAUCAACAAUGGUCAGCCGGAGGAAGCUGCUCUCAAUGAGACCACCAUUUCAGAGGAAGCUGGUGCUGCUGUGGCUCCAGAGAACCCCCUCACCGAGGAGGAAGAGAGCUCCAGUGCCACCUCCAGCGAGGAGUCUGCAGAUGUCGAGGGCACUGCUCUGCCUACACCAGGAGCCAUCGUUUGCUUCCCCAUUACGCUCAACGAAACCGAUCCCGAGCAGCCCGACCUGAUGCGAGAAGUGGAGCGAGUGGUCUGCUUUCCAGCCCCUUCUAAUCCAGAGGCGGGAGACCUCCUGGACGGCCCCGAACAGGGCAGUACCACAACCACCGAUCCGCCUGUUGUUGCGGGGGAAAUUGGAGCUGAUGCCGGUGGCGCCUCUGAGGGCAAUACUGAGGGAAACGAGGCGAGUGAGCCUGUGGAGGUGGCCAGCUAUGUGGCUGGCAGAGCUGCCAGUGUCGAUGUAGACGCUUUAAUGUAGUGUCCUUAAGUUGUUGUUUAAGUUUUAUUUGGAAUAAAUAUUAAUUAGUUGUAA